AUGAAGAUAACCUUGAUCCCCGACGAGAAACCCUCCGACAACGAGAAACCCUCCGACAACGAGCCCUCCGACAACGAGCCAUCCGACAACGAGCCCUCCGACAACAAGCCCUCCGACAACAAGCCCUCCGACAACGAUUCUUCCGACAACGAUUCUUCCGACGACGAUUCCUCCAAUGACGAUUCCUCUAACGACGAUUCCUCCUUCCUCUUCGAAAUCAUGACAUUUUUCGAUGAAGACUCCGCCAAAAGAACAUACAUUAAAAAAAGAAAAAAAAUAUCAGAGAGUGAGUUGCAGGGCAACGUGGAUGAGCUGUUGGGCGCCACCCCAGUUCAGGCUCACUCCAUGACACUGAGGAAUCCAUCCAAGAGACAGAAACAAGAUAGAAAUCUUUUCAAAGACUCGAGUUUCAGUGCAGCAGAUCGUGUGAGCAAGGAAACUGACUCUCUUGUCGGGCGACCAGAUCUCGUGCUGUCGAAAGGGGACGUUCUUAGAAAAUGA